UGAUAGGAAUGGCUGUUUCUUUUAGGAAAAUAAUAUCGUAACUGUUUCCCAGUGUAUCAUUGUGUGCAAUUGAAAUAUUUGUGAUUCAGAACUAGCCCAUUCAAGUAUCACUUUGUUCUCUCUUUUUUUGUGUGGCUGGCAUUAGCGUCUAUUGAAAACAUCUGGACAGCAAAAAGAGAGAUUUCUUAAAGGGGAUCUUUUCUGAAAUGCAGAGAAAUUCCAUGAUAGCGCCUUAUUUGUAAACAUUUGAGCAUUGCUUGAACCAAAGAUGGGUGCGGCAGAGUCUUCUUCCAAGCUCGCUAGCUCUGUCCAUGACUUCAUCGUCAAGGACGCAAGGGGAAAUGAUGUGGAGCUUAGCAGAUACAAGGGGAAGGUUUUGCUUAUCGUGAAUGUGGCUUCCCGAUGUGGUCUGACGAAUUCUAACUACACCGAGUUGGGAUCACUCCAUAAGAAAUAUGGGGACAAAGGAUUGGAGAUACUGGCGUUCCCAUGCAAUCAGUUUGGUGGACAAGAGCCAGGUACCAACGAGCAGAUUGCUGAGUUUGCCUGCACCCGUUUCAAAGCAGAGUAUCCUAUUUUUGGCAAGGUUGAUGUGAAUGGCAGCAAUGCUGCCCCGCUGUACAAGUUCCUGAAGUCAGAGAAAGGCGGUCUGUUUGGGGAGCGCAUCAAAUGGAACUUCACCAAGUUUUUAGCUGAUAAAGAUGGGCAUGUGGUGGCCAGAUAUGCGCCAACCAGCUCCCCGUUGAGCAUUGAGAAUGACAUCCAGAAGCUUUUGGAGGCCUAGAGCUCCGCUUUUCUUCGCUACUGGUUAAUCAUCAUACCGUCCCGAUUUCUGAGUGCCCCCAUCCUAUUUGUAUGCUACCAUAUGCUACGGUGUUCGCUGCAUUUGUUGACGGCGGUAUAAACAAUUAUCACAGCCUCUACAUCCAACAUGCAUUCGCCUUUGGCGUAGGGAGGAGAAAAAUGUAAUAGCAGACUGCAUGACUGGGAUUGGAACAUCACACAAAUACAUGGAAGAAGGGGGAUCUUCGGAUUCGAAUAA